AAGAAACACAACGGUGCUGCGCCCCGCGUCUUAAAACCUGACAAAAGCUAAUCGAACGCUUUCGCUUCUAUACGCGGAGUACGGAGUAAACGGAGUAAUACGUGGUACGGAGUCAGGAACCCUUCGGGUGGGUCCUCCGCGAGGGUUAUCUGCGUCCAACAGUUAUCUGUCAUUACGGAGAGGCUAAUAGUAUCGGGUAAAUGCGAGCGACAACGAACAUGGACUUGACUUGCCAGAAUUCUAGCACAAGUGCCGAUUAUUUGCUCGGUCAAUUGAAUACAGCUAGACAAGAGAUUAAUAAUCUGAGACAACAAGUAAAAAGCCUAAGGUAUAUACUUGACAAAGAUGUUGAUAAUAUCAAACGCUUGUUGGAAUUACAAAAACAUGGGGGAACCCUUUCACAAUCCAAACUAAUAUCUUCGGAAGAAGCAAAACCUGGCACAAGUAAAGAUCAAGAUGCUCUUAAAUUAAAACCCAUUGGUAUCAUCUCUACCUGGUUUCCCAAUAAAAGAGCAACUCCAAGACAGCCUGGCAUAUGUGGAAGGGUACCGGGAAAGCUGACGCUUUACAAUUCUGUAUUUACGAAUCCUGAUCAUGCUUUACAGGGCUUGCAAGAUUUCUCCCAUAUGUGGAUUUUAUUUCACUUUCAUAGAAACGAUUCCACGCACACUCGUGCAAAAGUAGCACCGCCAAGAUUGAAUGGAAUGAGGACAGGCGUAUUUUCUACACGUUCUCCGCAUCGACCAUGCCCUAUCGGCCUUAGUCUGGUUAAAAUACUAAAAAUUGAAAAUCAUACGAUUUAUUUUGAAGGUGUCGACAUGGUUAAUCAGACCCCCGUUCUAGAUAUAAAACCGUAUAUACCACAGUACGAUAGUCCAUUACAUAUCGAAAAACUGGGCAACAGGUUGAGAGAGAAUAAUGCGAAUGGCUCAGAUGUGUUCCACAAUAUGGAAGAAACUCUCAACUUGAGCGAGAGCCAAUCAGUUGACUCUUUUAAUAAUGAUACCGACGUCAAUAACGAUGAACAGACUGAGCUUGAUAUUUCUAGGGACGAGGAAAUAGCUUUGAGACUCCAAGUAGAAGAAUUCCAAGCUUAUCCAAAUCUCAAUGGUUACGAUAUUACGAGACAACAGUCUUCCCAUUCGACAGAAGCUCAUGCCUCGUUACAAAAUGACACUAACGUAGAUGUGCAUAGAGGAGCUUACUUUAUUCGAAAUAGAGAAUCUAAUACAAGAUCGGACUUGGAUUCGUCUACUGAACAAAAUUUAAUAGCUGAAUCACAAACAGACUCUAUUAGAGAUUUAAAUAGUAGAUUACACAGCAUAGAUAUAAACAAUUCCGGUAAUGCAGAUUCAACGCGUACGGAGAGAGAUAACGAUAAUGAAAUUAAUUACACUGAAAAUCAAACACUACGUAAUUCCAGACUGUUGGAUGGAGCUGACGGACCAAGCACGGUGUGCGGUACCGAUAUAGAUUUAGUCAAUCGUCAUGUGUUACACGCAAGAGUCGAUAAUUCUCCCGUGAGAAUGGGAAUACGUGAGGCACCUGACGGCGAGGAGGGACUUGAGUCUCAAACUUUGACGCCCUCGCGCACUUUACCGGAUAUUCACGCUGCAACAGCUGUACCAUCUGCGGCGAUAAAUGCGACAACGGAGAGCAAUUUUUCCGAGAUAAGAGUACCAGACUGGAUCUCGCAACCUCGUACGGCAACGUUAUCCGUGAUUUUCAACGAACGCGCCUUGAUGCAACUAAAUGAAAUUUUAGAUGACAAAGUUGACGAGCAAAAGCAAGCUAUAGAAAAUGUACUGAGAGAAGAUCCCAGGUCGGUGUAUUUAAGACAAAGAUGGGGCGGAAAUCAAUUCUAUACUUUUUUGAUACAUGACCUACAUAUUACAUGCAAAUUCGACGAUAGUAGAGGUAUCGUUACCGUAUUCCAAGUUCGACAUGCAGGUCGCACUUGCGAUUGCGGCGAGCUCGAAUGGCAAUGCUUGGGACAUUCUCCUUUAUCUUAAUAUGUUGUAUAUUGAUGGAUUUGAAAAAAUAGAAUUCAAACUUUGUUAGGAAAGAGAAAGAGAAAUAAAAUUCCAUCACUAUGUGUCACAAUUUAGUAUACAAAA